GGACCCGGCCAGAGUCAGGGCCAGGCCCGAAUCCUCAGUCCUCACCGAAUUCACGCAGAAAACUUCGAGGUGCGACACGUGUGCCCAGAGAUCAGACAGCUCAGUCGUGGAAAUGGACACCGGCCCCUCAAGCGGGCUACCGUGGCCAUCCAGGCCCAAAUCCGGCCGGAGCCACUGCUCACAUACGUUGCUCACCCGGGCUUGAAAACGGACCCCAGUUGCCUUCUGCACUCGCUCAGGUGGAGCCCCAGGUUGGACGCAGACAGCAUCAUGGAGGCCCGAAAACGGGACAUGGAACUUCUUAGCAACAGUUUAGCAGCCUACGCCCACAUCAGAGAUCACCUAGAGAGCUUCGGUCUCUACUUCGUCCUGGGCAUCUGCUUUGGCCUAUUGCUGACCCUCUGCCUGCUGGUCAUCCGUAUCUCCUGCCGCCCCUACACCCGUCCCCAGCCCCCAGCGGGCCGGGACCCCCGCACCUACCCCCGGGCCCAGCAGCGGCAGGAGGAGGACGACGACGAAGAGGAGGAGGAGGAGGAGGAGGAGGAGGACACGCUGACCCGUCUGGGACCAGAUGAGACUCUGCCCAUCACAGAGCUGACCCCGGAGUCUGGCCCAGAUGGGGGGCUCAGUGUGAACGUUUUCGCGUCAGCGGAGGAGCUGGAACGGGCCCAGCGGCUGGAGGAGCGAGAACGGAUCCUCCGGGAGAUCUGGCGGACUGGGCAGCCGGACCUCCUGGGCACGGGCACGGGCACCAUCGGCCGCGUCCACUAUUACUGAUCGCCCGUCCAGCCAGGCCUCGCUGACCGCAAGCUCCCCCGGGAGCCGGUGUGCAAGGGAGUGCUCAGCUGGGGCACGGGGGCCUGGCAAGUGGCAGUCCAUGGGGUCCCCCUUUCUCCCUGACCCUAUAUUGACUCAUAAAGGGGGGAGCUGCUGCCUGA